CCCCGGGCUCCCUGCAGCGGCAGCCGGGGAGGCACCGGGCCGCAGGGCCCCGCCGCCGCCGCCGCCCCCCCCUUCCCCGGCCCCGCCGUCCGUGCCGCAUUGCGGGCCGCCCCUGCCCCAAGUGCCCGCCGUCACCGCCGUGCCGCUCCCAGCCCUGCGCCGCAAUCCCCUCUCCGCGGGGACCGGAGCCGAUCCGUCGCCGCCGGCCGUCGCCGCGGAGCUCUGUCCGUGGUGCCUGCGGGCAGGCCGGGAGCCGCCGGCCGCGCUGUGCCGGCGGGGUCGCGGGGGCCGCGGGCGCCCUCCAUCCCCGGUGCCAUGAGUUUCUUCGGGUUCGGGCAGAGCGCGGAGCUGGAGCUGGUGCUGAGCGACGCGGAGAGCCGGCGGCGGGUGGAGCACAAGACGGAGGAAGGCAAGAAGGAGAAAUACUUCCUCUUCUACGACGGGGAGACCGUCUCCGGGCGGGUGGUCCUCACCCUCAAGCACCCCAACAAGCGGCUGGAGCACCAGGGCAUCAAAGUGGAGUUCAUCGGGCAGAUCGAACUCUACUAUGACCGAGGAAACCACCAUGAGUUCGUGUCUCUGGUGAAAGACCUGGCCCGUCCUGGUGAAUUCACUCAAUCACAGACAUUUGACUUCGAAUUCACACAUGUGGAGAAACCUUACGAGUCCUACACGGGGCAGAAUGUGAAGUUACGGUAUUUCCUCCGAGCGACUGUCAGCCGCAGACUGAACGAUGUGGUGAAGGAGAUGGACAUAGUCGUGCACACUCUGAGCACCUACCCAGAGCUCAACUCCUCUAUUAAGAUGGAGGUGGGGAUUGAGGAUUGCCUGCACAUUGAGUUCGAGUACAACAAGUCCAAGUAUCAUUUAAAAGAUGUGAUUGUCGGAAAGAUCUACUUCCUGCUGGUGCGAAUCAAGAUCAAACACAUGGAGAUAGAUAUCAUCAAGAGAGAAACGACAGGGACCGGACCCAACGUAUAUCAUGAGAAUGACACAAUAGCUAAAUAUGAGAUCAUGGAUGGGGCACCUGUGAGAGGGGAGUCCAUUCCCAUCAGACUUUUUCUGGCUGGCUACGAGCUGACUCCAACGAUGAGGGACAUCAAUAAGAAGUUCUCGGUGCGUUAUUACCUCAAUCUGGUGCUGAUCGAUGAGGAAGAGAGACGCUACUUUAAACAGCAGGAGGUGGUGCUUUGGCGGAAAGGAGACAUAGUGAGGAAGAGUAUGUCCCACCAAGCAGCCAUCGCCUCCCAGAGGUUUGAGGGAACAUCCUCACACAGCGAGGCCAAGACCCCCAGCCAGCCUGCAGAGAACAACGGCCGGCAGUGAGAGGCCACGCAGAGGAAGGCUGCUGAGGAGCCAGUGGGGACAGCAGCAAGGAGGAAGAAAAAAAAACAAACUUCAGAGACUUCAUGAAAAUAAAUAUCCGUUUUUGACUUAAUUCCUUUCUUCAAAGGACUUGUAGGGUGGGAAGGGGAUGGGAGGGUAAGGCAAGCUGGAGCACUGGCAGUGCGGAGUUGAAGGUACCUCAGUGCUUCCCAAUCAACUACAUUCCUCUGGAGUCGGCUGCUUUGAGGCAUGUGUCUGGAGGCUGCAGAGCUGCCUGAUCUCCUCUUUGCCCCGAGACCCGUUCAGUGUGGCAGCGGGGAGGGAGAGAGCAAGUGAAGGCCAAAUCUGCUGCUUCUUUCCAGCGGUGUGGAGGUUGCUUUGGGGCUAUGUAGGAUGGAUAAUUUUCUUGCCUUUCUGAAAUCUUCAGGAGGAAAAAAGUGACACGGUGAUUAGCUGGAAGGUAGAGGAGAGAGUCGGAGACUGAGGUGCGGCCUAAUUGAAAUUGCUUAGUGUUAUCCCCUCGCUGCCUCCCCUUCCUCUUCACGCUGGCGUUGGAUUCCUUGUCACUAACAGUUAUAUAAUGGAGUUGACUCAGCCCUGGGACUGUCGAGUCCUUGCUGCGGGGCUCCUGACUGCCGUGUUUCAUCAAGGGGGAGCUCUGACUGGUAGGAGGCAUGUGGGAGGUGGCAUAGGUCAGGCAGAGCAGUGAAGGUCUCAGUGCCACUGGGUGGGCAAGAAGAAGGGGCAGGAAGGCUCCUGGCCGAGAGCAGUGCCUUCCUAGUCUUGUCCCGGCAGCUGCCUGAGUGCCACUGAGAUUCAGUCUGGUUGCUGCGCUCGUACAGGUCCCAGUUGCAGGUCUAGUGAAUAGUUUUGGAAAGUGAGAAGUAAAUGGGGGCUUUCUUGGGAGUGGCUGCACACUCUGCCCUGCUCAUGUCUGUGUCCUUGUGACAGAGCAGACUUUGUAGUAGGGACAGACGGCAGCAUGGAAACACAUGUGUAUUGUUUUGUUUGCUCCCUCGUGCCUAUGGGAUGAGGAUUAGUAAGGACAGAAAGUGGACGCAAUUGUUUUAAGAAGCUUGUGGCCUGUGUGUGCUGCUAGAUGAAGUCAAGCAGCAACUGGAAGGAUCGUAGAGCUCUCUGAUUCCAGAGACAAGUUCCUGAGACCUGAGCUGAAAUCACCAGUGAGGUCUGAGGGUAUGCCAUGAACUGAGAACCUGAAUGCACAUUUUUUCUUUUCUAAAAUAAGCUGCUUUUAGUCUUCAGCUAAGUAGAAUCAUGAGAAUGUUCCCAGAAGGGAAUCACUCCUCCAUUAAAAAUUAGAUGUGGCUUUGUAGACUUGAUUGACUGAGUCUGGAGAAUAUCCAUCCUGUUUAGAUACCCUUCAAGGAAACAGGUGGUUAGACCUCCUACCAGACGGAGAGACAAGCCUGCACUAAAUGGUGGGGAAUGAGCUCUAGCAAGUGGGAUUUGUCUGGAUUUCCCUGUGAGUUUGUGGCUCGCUAGGGUUUUGUCCGGCUUCCUUUUGACUCUGGAAUGAAUCUCCUCUGCCUCUGUCCUACAGCUGAAUGUAGAAUAGUUGUCUUGCAGCUGGGAAAUGGAAGUAUCUUCUGCUUUGUUUAGUGGAACAGUGCUGGUGGAGGGAACGGGGCCUGGGUGGGAAGGGGAGCUUUUUAUGUAAUAAGACAGCUACUGUAUUUCAGUGAUAAAUAUGUGUUUCUGCUUGCCAAAGUAAGUUAUCUUUUACUCACCAUGUGUAAGGUUGUGGUUUUUAGUAGAGCUGGACAGUUCUUGCUCUGUUGUAGAGGACACUAAUGAUCUCAUCUCUGCUGAAUGCUCGUGUCACACCAUGCUUCUGCUCUGUAAUAGUGAAGACGUGGCUUGCUUUUCUUUACAUGAGAAGUCUGUGCCAUGGGCUGGAGCCGUGUCUUCCUAAGACUGAAGCAAAAGCUUACUUUAGACAACUACCUUGUUAUGGCAGGGCAAGGGGUGGUAACCUGCUGUGGGUCUCACAUGGUAAAGGAAUCUGGACGUUGCUUUUGACACUCACUCUACUUCCCCCCCUCUGCGUAGGGGGAACCACUUGUGCUGUGCAAUACACAAUCUUUUAGAGACAAGCAAAGCUCCCAUUGGGAGCCUCUGGGGAUAGCAGACUGUCUUUCCAUGACCCUAACCACCCCCUGCUUUCCCUCAGCUCCCAUCCUGCCUAGAUUUUUUUUUUCCUUGCCUAUUCCUCUUGAUUGUAGGCCAUGUGGUAGUAAAGAAACCCCACGGAUGAUGUCUCUGCAUUCCAGGAGUGUUUUGUUUACUGGCUGAACAGCAUCAGUACUGGAUGUAAGAUAAUUGUCUGACAAGACGAUGCACUGUAAGGAGAUUUUAUUAAACAUCAGUUCAUCGCUUCUGGAGGGUUUACUUGGAAAAGGUGCAUGAGCCUAUACGUUGGGUUGGUUGGUUUGUUUUUUUUUUUCCUACCUUGUGUCCCUCUCCCUCUGUCCCUACUUGUGGAACCAGAAUUUAGAAAUGAUCCCCAUUUUUACUUAAUCUAAAUGGACCAUUCAACCUGUCACCCACUAGGCCCUCUGUUUGUCUAGGGUGGAGCAGAUGUGCUGAGCAUCUUUAGAGAAAAGUUGAAGCAUAAGGUCACUCCAGGACAAGGUACUACAGAAAAGCGUUUCAUUAGCGUGGUAAAGGGCCAGACACUACUCGAGCAGUUGUGUCCCCCUGAGCUGGGUGGUUCUGUUCAGUACUUGGGUCAUUCCCUCUCUCCCAAGCAGAGGGGAGUGUGCAAGUACUAAACCAAGCAGUACAACCUGUAAUUAAGCCUCUGCUGUGUUUACAUGUUUCUUAAUUCGUCGUCCUUUCAAUGGCUGUAUUUUAAAACUUGGGUUUUUUGUCUCUCCAAUUAAAAAGAGCCAGCCCUGGCUGUCAAACGCUG